GCGGCGAUGGGGCCGCGCCGGGCGCUGCUCCGGGAGCCCGGCCCGGGGCCCAUCCCGCCGCCGAUCCCGCCGCUGAUGCUGGUGUUGAUGCCGGUGUUGAUGCCGGUGUUGAUCCCCGCCGCGGCCGGGCGGGAAUAUUCAUUACCUUACACGCCACAGUUUGCACAAUGCAACAAUCCCAGCACUGAAUUCUAUGAUGAAGAACUUAAUAAAUGCUGCAGCCAGUGUCCUCCAGGUCAGUAUAGGACAGGGAGCUGCAGUCACACCGUGGACACCAAGUGCAGCCCCUGCAGACCUAAAACGUACACAGCCAUCUGGAAUUAUUCUCCACAGUGCUUUGCCUGCUCACCACCCUGCAGGAAAGGGCUUGUACAGAAGCAAACGUGCACUAGGUCCCAGGACAGGAUCUGUAGCUGCCCACCCCACAAGUACUGUGUUUCCAAGCUGGACGAGUACUGUGAAGUGUGCAGAACACACAAAAAAUGCGGCAAAGGUUACCGGGUUUCCAGAAGAGGGACAGACAGCACAGACACAGAAUGUAAACCUUGUCCUGCUGGCACGUUUUCCCCUGAGGAAUCCUACAACACCAGCUGCAUACCCCACACCAUUUGUAAAUCAGUGGCUGUCCCUGGGAACAGCAGGAAUGACACUGUUUGCAGUGACUCAGGAACAGCCACAGUUCUGCCUCACACCAUUUUGAACCUGCUUCUGACCCAAAGCUCAGCUUCCCACAAACCUGAAAUAAUAACUCAACCUGUCGUGUUAAACUCUGUACCUGACCUGUCCCACAUCACCGGAGCAGUAGCAGGGCCAUUGUUAUUGGUCCUGAUAAUUGCUGUUUUGGGGUAUUGCUUAGUCUCAAAAAAAAAAGCAGCCCUUGUGUACUCUGCAGCAGCUACAGAAGCAGAUUUGCGUUUUCCCCCUCCAGAAAAACAAUGUGACAAAAAAGUCAAAGAUACAGAGUUGCAGAACUCCAGGAGUUCUGAACAGGAACAACAGCAUCUCUUGGAAACUUCUGGGUCCAGCAGUAGUAUCCUGAAUCCAACUGGAUCUCCAACCAUCAGUGUAACAAGUAAAAAGAAUUAUGAAAAUAAAAACUCAGGAGAAUUUCAGCAGCAACAUUCACCUUCUGAAGGUUCUAAAUUCCUGAGUGGAGACAGACACAGCUCUGCGAGUUCAGAACAUUCUGGUAACGGAGGCACACAGGUGAAUGUGACGUGCAUUGUGAAAUUUUGCAGACCAGACUGCAGCUCGCAGUGCCCCGAGCAGGUUAGCUCAGCCAGCAGGGAUUAUGGACACACUCCCUGGUACUCCCCAGCAGGGGAAGAAACCCUCCUUUCAAAAGAAGACAAUGCCUUGAACAAAGAAACCGAAAUUCACAUCACAGUGGAAAAUGAGGACAAUUUACUUCAAGACUCACUUCCAGAAGAGAAGAAGGUUCCUCUGGGCAUCCAAGAUGCUGGGAUGAAAACCAGUUAAAGGAAAUUACAGAUCGUAUGCUGAUGGACUGAUAAUCAAACAACCUCUUGUCUUACAAAACAAACAUUCUGGUAAAUGUAGCUUUCUUACAGAUUUGAAAUUUCAGAUGAAUAUAGACACUGAUGCUUUCAAAGUUUUUAGCAUCUUCUGUCGCUUUGCAGUUUAAAAGAAAAAGCAUUGAAACUUUUUACAAUUGAAUGGCCAACUCCUUCCUUUCUCUUUGAUACCCUAGAGGGCCUUUAUCAGACUUGAAAAGGAGUAUUUUUCAAACUUUAUGCUGUUUUCUCCUGAGACUUCUUCUGAUGAUGAUUUUAUUCAAGGUCUGCCAUGUGUCAAGAACAUGGCUGUGACCAGCACUUCUAAGGGGCUGCAGUUAAAUUAUCAUUCUUUCAAUGCUCAGGAAUCAUCUGUUCAAUUAAAUUUUAAAGUUAUUGCAUUCAGUUUCCUAUCCCCUAUCUUAGUUGUCAUACUUUCCUUCAUCCUCCUGGAUAUUUCUUUUAUUAUUACAGCUUGUUUUUUCUCAUUAUCAGACCAAAUUUCUCAAGUACAUAUAGGGUAUUAGGAAGUGAAAUCUUUUACACAAACUUUUUUACAACUAAAAUGACAACUGUUAUGUUUAAACAACAGCAUUUCAUUGCCUUUACAUAGCUGAUUUUGUUUUAGAAGGGAAAACCUAGACUGAACUAUUGUUAUCUUGGAGUAGGAGUAAGUUCCUUUUGUUGACAACCCUAGAGUUUGUCACCUUUGUGUCCUGGCUGAGGUAACGUUUCCCCCAUUGAUCCUGACCUCAUUUUUGAGGUAAACCAUAAAUCCAAAAUAUUUUCCCUGUGCUCGGUGACUAUUAGAGCAGUUCCCUGUGAUUAUCUUUGCCAGACAGCUCAUUGCCCUCGGGUGGCAGAGCAUCAUCUGUAAUAAAUGGAAUUUACUCAAACCCCAGAA